UAUUGUAUAUAUUAAUAACAAACACAUACACAGCAUUGUGGCAUUGUAUAGCGUGGAAUACAUUAAUGAACUUAGUAUUCCAAUCAAGAUUGAAGGGUAUAACUUGAGGGAAAUUUGACAGUUAUUUCUGGCAGAUCGUACAAAUACGUAGACGUUCUAUAGCUCCUACGUCGUUGUUUAGUCGAAGAAAAACCUAGCCUGAGCAGUCAAAUGCUGAUCAAUCCAUAGUUAUUAAAAGAAUAACUACGAAACGAUGUGUAAGAAUAAAUAUCCAUGUUAUUAUAUUUCCGCCUGGCAUCGACCAAAAUCAUUUCCGGAGAAGAACUUUCUCUCGUCUUAAUCGAAUUUAUCCAAGAAAAUAUAAAGGUAAAACGGAAAAAAUCAGAGAUGAAGCUGGCAUAAACAUUUUUGUUUUUUAUACACCAGAAGCUUCAUCAAUAUUUAUCAUCUUUUAAGGACAAAUGAUGUUACACUGAACAAAUAUAACUAUUUUCACAUAAAUUUAAUGAAUUACGUUGAAUGAUUUGUGUAGGCCGUUUGCUUGAAUGAGUACAAUGCAAUUCUGCAUUUUAAAUAUAUUCAGAUAAAUUUAUAAAGAACUUUGCAUCCAGAUGAUGGAAACAGCAGAAGGAAUGUUUGUUAGAAAUAUAUUAUAGAAAGGAAAGCAGCAGACUAUAUAUUGUGGUGAAAGAAGGAAAAUUAUCAGUGAAUGAGUUAAACAACUGUACUUUUGGUACUGAAAAGAUGGCAAAAAGCUUAGCAAAGUCUUCAUAUCAAUGUAAUAUCUGUAACAAGUCAUUAAGUUCAAGAAGUAAUUUAGCUGAUCACAUACGUAUUCAUACAAGAGAGAAACCAUUUCGCUGUAAUUUUUGUGGUAAAAAGUUCGCUAGAAAGGGUGAAAUACCUGUUCAUGUACGUAUUCAUACAGGUGAGAAACCAUAUCAGUGUAAUAUCUGUGGUCAAUCAUUCACUCGUAAAGAUAUUUUAACCACACACGGACGUGUUCAUACAGGAGAGAAGCCAUAUCACUGUGAUAUCUGUGGUAAAAGGUUCACUAGAACUGGUGAUUUAACUGUUCAUGUACGUGUUCAUACAGGUGAGAAACCAUAUAAGUGUAAUUUGUGCAGUAAGUCAUUCGCUAAAAGUACCAAUUUGACCGAUCAUAAACGCAUUCAUACUGGAGAAAAACCAUACCAAUGUGAUUUCUGUAGUAAAUCGUUUAAUCAAAAUAACCAGUUAAUUAAGCACAGACGUAUUCACACAGGGGAAAAGCCAUAUCACUGUAAUAUCUGUGACAAAUCAUUUGCUCGAAAUGAUGAGUUAACUACACACAAACACAUUCAUACAGGAGAGAAACCUUAGAGGUGUGAUAUCUGUGGCAAAUCAUUCCCUCAAAAUAGUGCCUUGACUGUACUCAAACGUAUUCAUACAGGAGAAAGCCGAUAUAUUUGUGAUAUCUGUUGUAAAUCAUUCCUCCAAAACAAUCUUUUGCGUCAUCACAAACAUAUUCAUACUGGAGAAAAACUAUAUCAUUGCGAUAUCUGUGAUAAAUAUUAAACUUUACAUAAAAACAAAAUUGGUGGAGUAAUUUUUUGAAUUAUCACCAUCAAUGUUUUUUCUAUGUCCAUUGUCCAUGCUGGAAUGUGUUGAACCACAUCAUCAUCAUCAUCAUUGAAUGAUGAUAAUGAUUGUCAUCUCAAGCAUUUUGUCAUUUCAAGUGUAAAUUCCAAGAGUUCUGACUGCAACAGUCUCUUUGUAUUUUUAUAAUAAUCUAAACUCUAAAUAAAACUGGUUUACUAUGAAAU